GUAUAAGUAUGCGUAUGAGUAGGAGAGAGUGGUUGCGUUUUGUCUUUGCCAUUUUCUAUUUUAUCCUAUCUCUAAAAUAUCUAAUACCUACUUACUUACCUACAAUAAUCAAAAAUGGACGCCUUCAAGCAGAACCUCGAGAACGUCAAGUCUAAGGGCAAGGAUUACUAUGACAAGAUGAUGAAUCAGGCUGGAGACUCCGGAUCCAACUACACCGGCCAAGCCAAGGACAAGGCGGACGACAUCAUGAACAAGGCAAAGGAUCACACCAAGGAUACCAUUCCGGAGUCGAAGGGCGAUCAUUAACUGUCCCUCCUCUCGUCUCUCUAUCUACUCUACUUUACUUUACUUUCUUUACUUUACCCCACUCCAAUAAAUAAUCAUCGAGAAAUAAAUACGAUCCAAAGAUGAAAGACCCUCGUUCAUAUAAUAAACAAACUCUGAUUUCAUUCAAAUUUUGGAAAAGGAAAUAACCCGAAUAUGUAUCACGUGAAAAUAACUAACUAC